AUGGCUGUCGAGUAUUCUCAUCACAUUAACCGCCGCGGGUCGGUAGACCAGCUGUUUGAGCUGGUCGAGGGUUUGGACGACACCCAGAUUCACUCUUUACUGGAGGAUUUUAAUAAUACCGUUACGAGCAAUGUUCCCGUGUCGCACGGCAUCGAGUUCUUUGAACACCCGAGUUCUGUCACACGAGCCAAGACUACACCAACGACUACAACGACAGAAGUAACGCCCGCGAGAUCAUCAUCCAUUCGAAAGAGCUUUAACAAACUCCCUCGAUUAUUCACGCGAACGCCGAGCAAGAGAUCUUCUUCUGCGCCGAUAUCGCGUCCCAAGACUGCUCUGCCACCGACCGCGAGACAUUACCGACGAAUCAGUCGACCUGUGCUACCAACACUAUCAAACGGUCCCGAUCUGGACGCUUUACUAUCUGCGUACCUGUCGCCCGCGCCGCUUGCUUCGCCCAAGACUAUUUCUCCAUCGAGAUCGAUAUCGAGCAGCUCUACGCUAAGCAUUGAAGCGGAAGACUCGGGUGUUGACUCACUUGCGCCUUUGGUGUUUGGACGACCUCAACGAGAGGAGAGUCCGAUGGGCGACAUCAUGGAAGUUCUAUCAUUCUAA